CCGUCUUCAGCAUAAAACAUAUUAAAUUGAUCAUAAUAUUUAUUAUUAUUAUUAUUAUUAUUGGUAUUGUUGUUAUCACCGUCGUUUCGCACGAGACGCCGUGUGCGGCGACCAAAGUCAUUGUGACGACCAAUUAUAUGUAGGUAGGUACCGUAUUUUGUAAUAAUAUGUUGUAAAACAAGAGGCCGGACCACGGUCUCCCACGGUCAUUUCUAUCUUGAAAUGUAGUUGGGCCCGCGACCGGAUCGACCUGCCGCCGACGAAGAACGAACAGAAGUCGUCAGCCCCUCGACCGAGUCACCGACAAUGGCCGUGUGGCUGGAAGUACUAUUCGUGGCGUUUUUCAUAUCGCUGCCGUUCCUCUACGACACGCUACGAACGUUCCGCUACCACUUCCGUCUGGCCAUAUUCUCUGUGUUGGCCUCCCUCACGUCCCUGUUGGCUGUCUUCCAGUUCAAACACCGGUCCAGGUUGAUUGCAUAUUUUGGGCAGCAAAUCUCAGAUUUAUUGUCUAUUGAAUGGUGCCUACACGGGAAACAAAAUCUAUCAUCAACACGUCCAAGAGUGGCUAUUAUAAAUUAUCAAACUGACAUUGAUACAUUAGGACUCUUGCAUUUGGUCUAUUGUCAAAAGAUGGAACUGAAUAUAAUUUCAGAAACAAAUUUCAUCACCUUAUGGCCAUUUUCAUUUUUUCCAUGGCUAAUCUCAUUGGCCCUGUGUCCCAUUCAAUUUUUUUAUACAAAUUUGAGGUUGCUGAAUUUUUCUACAGCGAUAAUUGAUUCAGGGCCUACAAUUUUAUUGGCAUCAACUUUAAUGACAAAUGAAGAAACUAUUAAAAUGGCUUUAAAAAAAAAAUUGCCAGUGCAGCCUAUUGUAUUUUCCAACAACUAUUUCAUAAACAAAGAAAAACAUAUGUUUGAGCCAGGUCGUGUAAUAAUAUCUGUGAUGCCAAUAAUAGAAACUGAUGGUUUAUUGGCAAAUGAUAUACCUAACUUCAGUGAUGAAGUAAAUUCCAAAAUACGUGCAGAAUAUGACAAUAUAAGCAAAAUAACUCAACUGGGCGACUAUCAGACACCACCUUUUUAGGCCUUAGAGUUAAUACUAUUAAUAAUAAUACUCUUCCAUGCACAAUUUUUAAUUAGCAAAAUGACAAGUUAUAUUAAUUAUUUAUUUUAACAAGACACAUUUCCAUCCAUUCACUGUGGUAUGGCUUAAAAGUAUAUUUACACUACUUAAAUGUUGAUUAUUCUUGAUUGUUUUUUUUAUAUAUAUAUAUAAUUCAUUGUUUCUUAUUUUACCUAAUUUUUUUUUUUAAUGAUUUUUGUGUUUUUUUUUUAUAAAAAUAUAAACAUAUUUUGUUCUUAUUGGCUGUGCAAUAUAAUAUGUAAUUUAUUAGAUAAUCAUAUUAUAUUUCAUUUUCAAAACUGCGAUAAUCGUUACAUAGUCUAAAUACCUUAAUAGUAUUUAUUUUUUUAUUCUCAAACUAGUCAUAAUUAGUAUUAUCAUUUGUUUAAUUAUUUACUCAAUAUUAAAUUAAUAUUAAUGUGUUUUUUCUUAAAAUAUUGUGUUUGUUGUGUUUUAUUUAGACUUCCAUUAUUUUUUAAUUAGGUUUAAUAUUAUGUUAAAAUAUUAAAAUAAUGACCAUCAUGAAAUGUUUAUUUAUUUUUUCAUCUAGUUGUAAAGAAAUAUUUUAAUUGUAAAUGGGUUGGGUGCAAUUACGUAUGUUAUCGGGCUAUGUAAAUUAAAAUAUUUCCAAUAUAGAAUUACUUAUAGAAAUACAGUAAUGACUUUAAGAAUAUUAACUACCUACUUUUUCUUGGAAAAAAGCUAUUAAUUAAUUAAUAACAAUAGCUAUGCAUUAAGACUUUAAUUUGAUAUCUAUACCCUGGUCCACGAGAGAGUAUUACCGUUUUGCGCAUGCAGACUGACGGCGGAGACCGUUCCGAGGCCCCAUUUCCCCCACUAUUUCCACGACCGCUAUACAUCGUAUAGCGUUGAGCGCAGCCGACUGUUACCGAACAGCUAUCGGAAAUGCCGAGUAGUGGGGAAUGCACGGAAUUGGACGAGUUUUAGUCCGGCGACGGUAAUACUCUCUCGUGGGCCGGAGUAUAAUAAGGUUAUCUUUAAAUUACUUACCAAUUAUCUAUUUUAUUCUAAUAUUAUAGUUUCCUGCUGUAUUUAUAAGUCUGUAAAUGUUAUUGAAAAAAAUCUGUAGUAAAAAUGUUUAAAUUAAAGGUAGUUGGUAAAAUACAAUUAAACACACUUGCAUAAUAUAUUACAUUAUGUAAAUGUUGGUUUCUAUAGUAAAUUGUAAAGUUU